AUGAAGAAGCUGGAUUCGAGAUCGGUGAAAGCCAAAUUUAUCGGUUAUAAUGACAAAAGCACAGCCUACAUCUUGCAAGAAUUCGACUCGAAAAAGGUCAUCAAAGCACGUAAUGUCAUCUUCAAAGAGAACGAAAUACAGUCAUUCUCAGCCAGAGAAACGAUGAGUCCAGACAACCCAAACCUUGUGAGUCCAAACAUGGAUUUUGAAGAUGAUCGCUCGAAUGACGAAGCCACAAAGAUACCGGUCCAAGCUAGAGUGGGGGAAAAUGAUAAGACACCUGUUGUUCAAAAUCCACAUCAAGUCGAAGAAAACCCUGAGGAAGACGAAGUCGCACUCCCCAGAGAAAGCAGAAAUCGUCGCCCCCCGGAACGAUAUGGAUUACCCUACACGUUUAACAUAACAAAAGAGGAAAACAUACAAGAACGCAAGUCGUAUAAUGACGCAAUUCGUUCACCGCAUGCAGAAAACUGGAGAAAAGCUAUGCAAGCAGAGUACGAGUCACUAAUGGACAAUAAUACCUGGACAUUAGUCGAUGAACCAGAAGAUCAACAAGUCUUACCUGGAAAAUGGGUGUAUAAAGUAAAGUAUCGAGCAAACGGCCAAGUCGAUAAGCUCAAGGCAAGAUACGUAGCAAAGGGUUAUGCUCAAAUCGAAGGCAUAGAUUUCUUUGACACAUACGCUCCAACAUACAAACCAGAAUCCUUUAGAAUUCUAUUAGCAACUGCAGCACGAAAGGACUUAUAUCUUGGUCAGAUGGACGUGAAAUCAGCCUACCUUCAUUCCAAAAUAGAAGAAGAAAUUUAUCUGGAGCAGCCAGAGGGAUUUGUCAAGAAAGCAAACUCAGGACAAAAGCUUGUGUGCAAAUUGAACAAAUCAAUCUAUGGUCUAAAACAAGCUGCGAAAAACUGGUAUGAAGCUCUGACAAGUCUACUUCUCAAGAAAGGAUUCAAACGAAGCUGCAACGACUAUUGCCUAUUUGUAAGAAAGGAAGAAAAUGGAACAUUUUCCUAUGUGUUAGUCUGGGUAGAUGAUAUAGUAGUGGCUGGAGCGACCGAAGAAGCAAUUAACGAAAUUAAAUCAAUGUUAAAUGAAAAUUUCAAGAUGGACGAUCGUGGCGACCUAAACUGGUUCUUAGGAAUGCAAAUCCUGCGAUCGCACGACAAGAUUACAGUGGAUCAAAUGAAGUAUAUCGAAACUGUUCUCCAAGAAUUUAACAUGAGUGAUUGCAAAGCUGUAGCAACACCCGGAGAAGUAAAUCUAAAGCUAGUCAAAAGUAACGAAGGAAAGAAAUUAGUAGAUCCGAAGCUGUAUAGAAGUUUAGUUGGCUCUCUUUUAUUCAUUGGCAAAUAAACCCGUCCAGAUAUUCUAAAUAUUGUUAAUCAGCUGUCACGAUUUCUCGAUAAACCUGACGAAUCACAUUGGAAGGCAGCAAAGCGCGUACUGAGAUACCUCAAAGGAACUACCGACUUACGAUUAACAUUCUUGAAGAAUUCCAGCUGUGAUAUUGUUGGCGAUUCGGACGCAGAUUGUAGUGGAGAUCUCAACGAUCGCAAAUCGACAACUGGAUACUACUUCAAAUUCGAAGGAAAUGGAGGUGCCAUCAGUUGGGAGGUAAAGAAGCAAGCAACCGUUGCCUUAUCAACAGCGGAGGCGGAAUAUCAAGCCAUGGCGGCUGCUGCACAAGAAGCAAUCUACUUACGAGCUCUACUAAAGGAUUUUGGUUUCCCAAUGGAGAAAGCGACAGAUAUUGGAGAAGACAACCAAUCCUGCAUUAAGAUGUGUCACAAUCCCGUGAUGCAUAAACGGUCAAAACUUAUCGACACGAAGCUACACUUCAUUCGAGAAAGGGUAGAAAAUAAAGAAAUAAAGAUACAUUAUGUUCCAACCGAAGAAAUGACUGCGGACAUUCUGACGAAAUCAUUACCUCGAGUGAAAGUGGCAAAACACAGAACAGUACUCUUAGGGAAUUAA